AUGUCUGACUUUAGUCGGUUCCAUGAGGGAGUCCCUUACCCAUUUGUGGGGGAGCGGACAACUGUCCAAGAUGAAAGAGCUGCUAUGUAUCUGACACGCAACUCUCUUGGUGGAAAUCAGCGUGAGAUGAGUGCUGGCCGGCUUGCCAUGAGCUCUCCGUUCUCCGGUAAUGUGCGAGAUGACAUUACUGUACAGGUAGCUUUCUUCAACGAGGGCUAG